GAGCGAGGGGGAAAAACUCGCGGUACUAGUAAGUACUGGGCUUUUUAACAACCUGAAAUCCCCAUCUCGUCCAAAUCGAGCUCCCCUCCUCGCUGCCGCCGCCCCACGAAUCUGCACACACACUCCACAUUCUUCGCCAAUUCCCCAAACCCACCGCCGCGCCAUCGUCGACCUAGGCUGCGACCACCAUGGUCGCCGUCGUCGUCUCCUCCAUGGAGGUCCGACCCGCCAGGAUCAAGCCGCGGCCUGAGCCUGCCAUGGGGAAUCCGCCCCGAUUGCAGCGUGUAGGCAGGCACUGUAGGAAGAGGAAGAGGGAGGAGGGAGGGGGACGGGGGAGGGCAGCGCCCGUAGCCGCGUGCACGUGGCCGUGGCGCCGGAGUGGCGGAGGAGGGGUAGGGCGGUGCUCGUCGCGGCGGCCUCGACAGGCAACUACGUGGUGCCACCUUCCUCCAACACCGGCCGCCUCGUGCUGCGGCUGCUGGCAGUGGCGCAGCGAGUCUCCCACCUUACCACCACCGCUGCUUGCCGUCCGUCCCUCCUUCCGUCCAUGGCGGCGGCGACCUCCGGCGUCAGCAGGCUCAGCGCGGUGGCAGGCAACAACAACGGCGACGUCGGCCUCCAAGACUCCUGGCCUCUGUUGGAAUAUUUUCGGGCAUUGUCUCAUCAAUUUUACCGAACUCCUGAACACCAUAGAUUUGUGCGGCAACAGGUGGUCAAUCAGGGUUCUGGUGGCGAUGUCGAUGGUCGUCGAGAGGUUCGUGGACUGGAUGGUGUCGUGGCUGCUGAUGUACGGAGAGGCGAAGCUGCUGCUCGUCAUCUACCUCUGGCACCCCAGCACACGGGGUGCGGGCCAUGUGUACGAUGGCUUCCUCCAUCUGCUGGUGGCGUUACACGAGGCCGACAUCGACCGGGGCCUGCUUGAGCUGAUGGCUAGAGCGAGGGACGUGACGACGUCACAACUCAAGGCGGCGGCUGCCAUCGGUCAAGUGUGGCUAGUCGAGGCUGCCCGCUGUGUUUCGUCGCAGUUGCAGGCCGCGAGAUCAGGCCGGGAAGGCGCCACGCAUUGACGAGGCCAUGUGUACGAUGGCUUCCUCCAUCUGCUGGUGGCGUUACACGAGGCCGACAUCGACCGGGGCCUGCUUGAGCUGAUGGCUAGGGCGAGGGACGUGACGACGUCACAACUCAAGGCGGCGGCUGCCAUCGGUCAAGUGUGGCUAGUCGAGGCUGCCCGCUGUGUUUCGUCGCAGUUGCAGGCCGCGAGAUCAGGCCGGGAAGGCGCCACGCAUUGACGAGGCCAUGUGUACGAUGGCUUCCUCCAUCUGCUGGUGGCGUUACACGAGGCCGACAUCGACCGGGGCCUGCUUGAGCUGAUGGCUAGGGCGAGGGACGUGACGACGUCACAACUCAAGGCGGCGGCUGCCAUCGGUCAAGUGUGGCUAGUCGAGGCUGCCCGCUGUGUUUCGUCGCAGUUGCAGGCCGCGAGAUCAGGCCGGGAAGGCGCCACGCAUUGACGAGGCCAUGUGUACGAUGGCUUCCUCCAUCUGCUGGUGGCGUUACACGAGGCCGACAUCGACCGGGGCCUGCUUGAGCUGAUGGCUAGGGCGAGGGACGUGACGACGUCACAACUCAAGGCGGCGGCUGCCAUCGGUCAAGUGUGGCUAGUCGAGGCUGCUCGCUGUGUUUCGUCGCAGUUGCAGGCCGCGAGAUCAGGCCGGGAAGGCGCCACGCAUUGACGAGAUCACAGAGGAAUAUCAAAUGUAGCACCAGUUGACUGUCCACUCUGAUCCCGCUAUUGGCACCAGAAGUGGACCAAUCAGAACAGGGAGCAUUGGAUAAAACAAGAAUCCAUGACCACAUGAGCAAUCUUCGGUUCUCUCUAUCACCAACAUCAUUUUUCAGGCCUAUCUGAACUGCAAACUACUUUGCCAAUUGGGCUUUGUUGUUAACUUUGGUAUUGACUCACAAUUACAUAGGUUAAUACUCUUGCAGCAGAAAGACUGUACACCCUUUGCUGGUGAGUGUUUUUUCUUAUCAGCAUCUGCGCAUUUUUUGUUAUCAAUGUGCAGUGGCUAAUGGAUGACAUGCAUGUAGUGGGGUUUUAUAUCCAUGGUGGUGUUUUUUGUUUUAUUGGUAACAUGCAAAUGUACUAAUGUAGAGGUAGUGGUAUUUUAUCUAGCAAUGUUGUUUCAUCAAGUAGUGGCCAAUGCAAAGAUAGUGUGGUUUUUAUCCAAUCGGUCUACUGCUGUUGUUGCUUGGUUCAUACAACAAAUUUU